GGGUGCCGCGUGUGUUUCGAUUGGUCCUCUUGACUUUCGCUUCCGGUGUCAAGCCAAGGCGAACCGGCCCGGAAAGGUGUCCUUGCGGCCUGUGGCGAAAGGGACUUGGGAGAAACAGCCGCGCUUUCCACAGCAGCCAUGGUGGCCUACUGGAGGCAGGCAGGGCUCAGCUACAUCCGGUAUUCCCAGAUCUGCGCCAAGGCAGUAAGAGCUGCCCUAAAGCCACAAUAUAAAGCAGAGGCAGAGAAGGCAGCAGGAGCCACCAUAAAAAUAAUGAAGCCCAAAAAAGAAUGAUGCAUGGGGCAUGAAUUAUAACAGGCAAAAUGAAGGCUGCAUAGAGCAUCCUGACUGUGAAAAGUUCUCUGCAGUUCUGUAAAUCAUCAUGCUAGUAAACAGAAUUUCUUGGAA